AUGUCUGAAGAAGCAAACUCUAAUGCAACAAUUAAAAUUGAAGCUAUGUAUUAUCCUCAAGUGAAACAAGAAUUUGAUCAUUGCCAUCAAGAAAUAAAGCAAGAAACUGGUACUAAAGCAAACGAAAUAAUAUUAGAUGAAGAAUCUUACACACAUAAUGAAGAAAACAGUAAGUCAAAUAAUUUAGUAGAUAAUAUAAAUAAAUCAAGUGAAAAGGUUUCGAGAAAACAGAAAACAGCCUAUAGCAUGAAACUCACAACUUGUAAAUUAUGUAAUAAAACAUUCACAAAAAGACGAGCAUUGCAUAUACAUAACAGGAUUCACACUGGAGAUAAUCUUCAUAAAUGUGCUAUUUGCAAUAAAUUAUUCACAACAAACUUCAGAUUAAAUGAACAUUUAAUUGUUCAUUCUGGAGAUCGUCCAUAUAGUUGUCAAAUAUGUGAUAAAACAUUUGCAAGAAAAACAGAAUUAAAUCAACAUAAAGUGGUCCAUUCUAAUCAACGCCCAUAUAAAUGUGAAAUAUGCAAUAAAACGUUCUCAAGAAAGCAAACAUUAAAGCAACAUGGAAUGAUUCAUAAAGAUCAACAUAAAAUUAUUCAUACUGGAGAAUGGCCUUAUACUUGUCAAAUAUGCAAUAAAAAAUUCUCAACAGAAAGAUUAUUACAGCAACAUGAAAUUAUUCAUACUGAAGAAUGGCCUUAUAGUUGUCAAAUAUGCAAUAAAAAAUUCUCAAGAGAGCGAUUAUUAAAGCAACAUGAAAUUAUUCAUACUGGUGAAAGACCUUACAGUUGCCAAAUAUGCAAUAAAACAUUCACUCGUUCAGAUUACUUGAGAAUUCACUUAAAACUGCACAAUGGACAACGCCCAUAUAAGUGUGAAAUAUGUAAAAAAGCAUAUACGACAAAACACUCUUUAAAGUAUCAUGAAAAGAUCCAUGCUGCAGAUUGA